AUGCGUCCACUCGCCGGCGGAGCCGGGCUCCUGCUUGGCGUGAUGCUGUUGGCGGCGCUGUUGGCCCCGGGCCGAGGGCUCCCCCUAAAGAAGCCGCGGGACGCCGCACCCCGGCUCAGGAGCCACGCGAGGCUGGCAGAGGUGAGCGGCGGGGGUGCGGGACCGGGACUCGGACAGCGAUCAUCCAAAGAGAGGGACAGGGCCAGCCGGACGCCCCCAUCGCAGGCACCCGACGGUGGCCAGGAGUCCCCAGGGGCUCUGUACAGAGCAGAAGGCUCCAGGGAGAAAGAGCAGCCUGGGCAACUGGGACCUUUUCUGGCCAUUUCAUCCUGUGGUCUGACUGGGCAGCAGGAAGAGGAGAGUGUGGAGAGGGCUGGAAUUGAACAUUCUGGGCACCUACUGGACAGUGGAGUCCUGGGCUUAGCUCUUCCCUGUCAUUGUCCCCACUUUGAAGCACAAUGGUUAAGAGUUUGGGCCCUGGGUCCAGAUUGCCUGGUUCAAAUCCUGACUUCAUCACUAAAUGUCUGUGACAUCGGGCAAGUUACCUGCCUUCGCUGUGUCUUAGUUGCCAUCGUCUUUACUCGGAGGGCCUCAGUCACCCAAGAUCCUUGCUCUUCUGAGAAGGAGGAGGAGACACCAGGGCUCCCUGGAACCCACUUCCAGGAAGGACCUUGCCAGCACAGGCAUCAGACCCUUCCAGAGCCAUCAGCCUUGACCCCAGGUGCAACUGCCCCUCCCAGGGCCCUAGAGACCACCCCUUUGCUGCUGGAGCUGCAGAAGUUACCAGAAUUGGCCAGCGCAGACUUAAGUACCCCAAACCCCAACAUCCAGGUGACCAUGGAGGUGGUGGAAGAUCCCCAGGCCAAGGUGGAGAUAGAUCUGCUGGCGAAGCCCAACAAUCACGGGCUUCGGGACACCCGUAACUGGCUACCCUUUUGGCCCUUCUUCUGGGGCUACCAAGAGGAGGAAGAGGAGGAGGAGGAGGAGGAAGAGGAGGAGGAGGAGGAGGAGGAGGAGGAGGAUUACCUUGCAGAGUACGAGGAUGAGGACCAGGAGGACGACGAUGAGGAAGAGGAAGAAGAAGAAUCUUGGUUCAGUGGGGUCACAGACAGCUGGCUGGACCUUGACAGCUGGGACUUCAAGGAGCCAGACAGCAACGACUAUGAGCGUCAGGAGGAGUGGAGACCCUGGUCUCCCUGCAGUGAGAGUCACAGCAGUGGCAACCAGCAGAGGACCCAGCCCUGCAGCUAUGCCUGCACCACCACCCAAUCCUGUGCAUGCAACUUGCCCCCCAUCCUGGUGAUACGAGCUCCAGUCCCUGCUGAUGUGGACAUCUUGGACUUCUCCAGUGAGAUAUGGCAGCCCCUGGCCCACAAAGCUACGGACAUGUUUGACCCAGAGGUGGACAGCUGUGAGAAGUGGCUGAACUGCAAGAAUGACUUCCUAGCCAAGUACCUGAGACAGAUGCUCCAGGACCUGCCCAGCUGCCCAUGUACCUAUCCACGGGAGGUCCUGUACAAUCCUGUGAGCCUGCAGGAUGAGAUCCAGGGACGCAGCUUCCAGUGGCGGGACGCCAGUGGGCCCCUGGAGCACCUGGACAUCUACCAGCCCACAGCGCACUCCUGCCUGCGCUCUGUGCUGUCGGAGAAAAGCAGGACGCUGGCGGCCCAGCACUGCUGCUACGAUGAGAACAACCGGCUGCUGACCCGUGGCAAGGGCGCCGGGACGCCCGACCUCAUCAGCACCGACUUCUCACCUGAGCUGCACCUCAAGGUGGACAGGUUGCCCUGGAUCCUGUGUAAGGGGGACUGGAGCCGCUACCACACUGUGCGGCCCCCCAACAAUGGCGGGGCCUGCCCAGACAACCCCCCAGAGGAGGAGUAUCUGGCCCAGCUACAGGAGGCCAAGGAGUACUGA